AUGUUGGCUGCCACGGUGGGCCCCGCGCGUGCCGCCGCGCCCUACCCGCGCCUCCUGGGGCGCCCGCUGCCCCCCGCCCUCCCCGGCGGGGAGGAGUCCGCGUGCGCCCGCGAGCCCGCGAAGCUCACGGUGGGCCUGUCGGUCGCGACGGGCGGCGAGCGGGCGGCCGCCUCGCUGAGCGGCUGGCACGCGCAGGUGCCGGCCAAGAUCGACGUGGGCUGCGGCGGGCCCGCCUCCGCGGUGCCGGCGAAGGUCGGCGUGAGCUGCUGCGGGCCGCCAGGCGCGCGGGGCUCGCACGCCUCGCAGGGCCCGCUCGGCCCCUUUGACCCGCCGUGCCCGCAGAGCCCGCAGAGCCCGCAGCGGCGAGCCGCGGCUUUCCUGGCCACCUCCCCGCUGUCGAGCGGCGGCGCCGACCCCGACGCCUGCUGCAGCCCCACGGGGCUCGCCGACGCCUCGCAGCGCCUCUCGCCGGCGGACCGGGGCCAGCUGCUGAUGUGGCCAGCCGAGCUGCCCUGCCAGCCGCUCGAGCAGGCGUGCUCGCCCCACGCGCCCCCCGCCGCAGCCGUCGGCAUCGCCCCUCCGCCGGGGCUCCCCGUCCCGCAGGUGGGCGGCAAGGAGGUCGGUCCGCUGGCGGCGAGCUGCCACCACCCGGGCCAGGGCGACCGCAGGUUCACGUGCAAGUUCAUCUUCGUGGGCAUCCACGCAGACCGGGACGCGAGCUUCGAGAUCGUGCCCCGCCUGAUCGGCCGCGGCGGCUGCAACAUGCGCACCAUCUCGGAGGCGUGCGGCGGGAAGGUGCGCGUCCGCGGUCGGGGCAGCGGCCACAGGGAGUGCUCGCACAGCAGGCGCAGGUCGGCGGAGGCCGACGUGCCUCUACAGAUCGCACUGAGCUGCAGGGACCAGCCGAGCCUGGACCAGGGAAGGGCGCUCCUGACGCAGCUCCUGGCCGGGAUCUCGGACCACUUCGCUCGCUACUGCCGAAGCCGUGGUUUCGAGCCGCCGACGGAGAAGUCCCCGCUCUUCAGCGUGGUGCUUGGCGCGUGA